GUACGUGCGGCUCUUGGUGCCGGUGGACCUCUUACACUCCACUCAGUUCGAGCCGGGCGUCAGUGACUUCGCGUCCGCCGAUCCGAUCGGAUCCUCUUUCUCUCUUUCAAGGGUGCGGAGGCGCGUCCCGCUGUAGGCCAGAAAACCAGGCUGAAAUAAUACGCACCACUCUCCGACCACCGCGAUGUGGCGCGACCUCGGCCGACAAGGUGUCUGAAGAAUAUCCCCGCGGGACCUCUGCCUCCUUCUCUCGCCCUCGUCCGCGCGGGACACGGUAGGUCCUGUUCGAGGCUACCAGGAUGCAGCUCAGACCCAGUUAUCAAGGCGUCUGAAGGCACCCCGCGGCCUGCACGCCGGUAUAAAGCAAUAAAAACGCCCGCCACGAGAGAUGUAUCUCGCGAGACCCGCGUAAGAAAACGGCGAAAGAAAGGCUGCACCGGUAAAUCAUAAACGCCACGGGGAUCGAACCGCGGGAGAUAACUGCCUUCGCGUAAGGUGAGACAGACGGAGAGGGAGGGGGAGAGAGAAAGAGAGUGAAAGAGAGGAAGGAGUAGAGAGUGCGCGAGAACAGCGAGGAGCGGCAGCGGGUUCAGCCGUGCGGGAUUCAUCGUUCGAUCGCAUCCAUCGGAUCCAUCCAUCCUCCGCGGACGCCUGGCAGACGAAAGCUCGAAAACGAAACACACAGCCCGGAAGAGGAGGCCUCGUCGUUCAUCAUUGGGAACAGGACAUCCGGAAGAUACCUCGUUGGCCGCGUGCAGAGAGAGAGGCGGUCUUCAUCGUUCGCUUCUUCUGCUCGCCGGCGUUCGCCCCAUCAGGGAGGAUAUCGUCGAUGGAUACUGAUAGCUUCCCCGUAAGAAGAUAGAGGAACGCGCGCUCCUCUUCUUCCCUCACUCGCCCGCCGGUGGUCAUCACGGAUACCGGCCGAUAGAUCGUAAUAGUUUUGCCCGUAAGAAGAAAGAGGAGGAGGAGGAGGAGGAGGAGGAGGAGAAGAAGAAGAAGAAGAGAUGCGUCGGCCGGCCGCGCUCAGCGGUGUUUACCGUCGAGGAUACUAUCGAUAGAUCGUGAUAGUUUUCGCGCUACCGCCCUGACCGGUGGAGGCGGAAGAGCAAGACGAGCAGGAAGAAUAAGAGAGGAGAGGAGGAGAUGAUCCAGUCGUGUGAAAAGUGUAACGCGGAAAGUGGCAAACCCGCGAGCGGAUCGUCUUGACAGUGCCGCCGACUCGGAACGACGAUCGACCGGUUCGUCCGACACGGAUCGUCGACGGUGUUUCGUGAUCCCUGAUCCUCACUGCGCGCCGUUGCCUCGGGCAACGGUUUAGUGGCUAGUGAACGGAGUUUCACGUAUUGUUUAACACCGUGAUCAAUGAUCCGGCCUAAACGUCCGAUCCAAUUCACGCGGAUGUUUCAUACCGUUUGACAAAGAGAAUCGAUCAUUCCUCGGAGAACGCGAGCAAGAAUACCGAUUGCUUAACCCUCUCAUGUGUUUCGCCUGAUUUUUCGCUCUUUCUCCCACGUAUCUUCGAUAGCGCAAUUAUCGUCUCAAGGAAGAAGCGGAUCAAACUUAUCAGAGAAUUAGUGUAGCUGUCAUCGACGCGCAACACGUAUCAUCAAUCGCCUGCGAGACGACCAGAGUGACGACCGCGACGGAGUGACAUAAUCGUAAAAAGUGGUCGCCUAUUCGAGCCCAUUAUUAACCGGUAAUGAGCGGGUGUCGAGAGAGGAGUAAAAAUGCCCUCGAAAGCAAGCGUCGAGCCUGCCUCGCCGCCACGAAGAUCAAAUGACGCUACGCCCUCGAGCUUCUCGGCGUCGCCCUGAAGAAGGAGAAGAAGCAGACUCUCUAGCCGAUCUACCAGCACCCGAUUUUCUCGACUUGGCGGUGAUCUCUGGACCGUAUUAUCAGCCUUCUCCGUUUCGUCCGCAUGCACGUGACGAUCCACACGAUGAUGUCAUUCGCGAAGUGACUAGAAGUGUAGUUAUGUCGUCGAACGGCGAGUUCUCGACGAUGUCCAGCGAGGAGGUGCCUUCGCUGCCGAAAUCCCUGCCGAGCUCGAGGGAGGCGACCGCCGAGGGUGGUUCCGGCUCCAGCGGCGGAUACAUGCCGCUCCGCGAGUUUCUCGAUCGAUUCUCGCUGCCGAGGGUGGUGAGACUCGAAGGCGCCGGCGGCAGGCCGGUGCUGUUGUACAAGCAGCAGCCGAGGUCGCUGAGAGUCACCGCGAGCCUGCUGAUACACCGGUACCGGCAUGAUGUCAAGGUGGGACCGGAGAUCGUCAUCCCGGAGGGUUAUCCAGGAUGGUUUUCUGUGAUAUCUGGCAACAAUACGACGGGCAGCGCGCGCGUCUACCGCAGGGUGGACUCUUUGGUGAAAACCGGAGUGCCUGCAUUUCUGCUGGCGACUCCUUUGCGCGCCUACACUCUGACGCAUUCGAAAAUGGAGAAUGGAAAUCUACGAGCCCAUUACACGAAGACGACAAUUCGCGCCGGUGAAAUCCUGCGACUCGUAGCAGUCUUCCAAGACACUAGACGAUGUAGCUCGGUUUCCUUCGGCAUCUCCGGCGGUUGUCCUGAGAAGGAUCAAUACGCGCAAUGCAUCGAUCUUCACGGACGCGAGGUAUUCGCCUCGCUGUCAACCAGAGGCGAGUUCUAUGCGAUCUGUCAGAACGGCAGCGUCGACACCGGCGGUGACGCGAUGCUGUACAAGGUUCACCAUCUCGCCAAACGGCAGCUACCUCUCAGAGUACGGUUAAUAGCGGGUCCGUUGCCUGUACCUUUGCCGAAAGAAUACGGCGGUCUGAUGCAGUUGGAGACUUCAACGCGCGGCCCAAUAGUUCUGGGAUGCAUCGUCCCGGAGAGGCCAGUGCACAACCCGGAGAUGCUCGAGUUAGUCGUGUGCGGUAACGGUGCGCCGAGGGUUCGAAGGGCACGACUGGGUUACCCUUCGGAAGCGAGAUUACUCGCUUCUCCGAAGAUGCAGCGAUUAUUAGCGACCUGCAGUCGAGCGGUUGGCGACCGCGCAACGGAACCGCGAGUGGCUCCUGUGAAGCUAUACCCGACAGGUGAAAGCUUAAGGGAGAUGCAUCUGAAGAAGAUCAAGCCGAAGUCGGACACCAAGCCGAUACUGCAGAGCCUGAAGGACGGGCUGGAGCACCUAAGGAGGAGCACCACCGCCAAGGAACGGAACCAAGCGAAGCAGAGCACCGGCAAUGGCGGCAUCCUCGAGAGGAUCUCCAAACUCGCCCAAGGCAACCGGAAUCGCAACCCCGCAAAGAAGUCCGCCUCGUUCACGUUCGCGGUGAGGCCAGAGAUCGCUAUGAGAUCGCAGGAACGUUACUCCAGUCUGGAGCCGGAAACUACCUCUCAUCAGACACACCAUCAAAGCGCCGUCAAGCAGUCCGUGCAGAGAUCGGUGUCUACCAGCGUGUUGGAGAUCCCAGCGUGCGUCGAGCUACAACCCAACUACUCCCGGGUGAAAGACAGUUUGACGCCGUUGCCGUCCCCGCCGAAACUGAUCAUGACUAACAAGACCGAGGAGAUCUAUGCUGAAAUCUGCGACACGACGACGAACAGCCAGGUGCAAAAGUGUCCGGGCAGCCAUGUGAUGGCGCGGAUCAGAAUCGUCGUGCAGGGUAAUAAUGAUACGCCUAUGGGUGCGCGCGGUCCGAUACUUUGCAACGAGAGAUACGUGAACUCGAUGGUGACGAGCGAACAGAUUGACUCGAUCAUCAGCACGGAAGAUGAAGUGAUCUACAAUACCGUGUUUUGAGAUAGAAUAGAAUUUUACGAAUGUUUUGCGAAUAGAAUGCAUUCGCGAUGUUUGCGAGAGCGUAAUUGCUCGUUGACAAAGGAGUUCCAAGUGUCGAACUUCAAGUAGCGACGAAUGAAAUUGUAUCUUAACGAGUAGACAAACGGGCUGUGUUCUUCGAUCAACUUUCCAAUAUUUGCUGUCACGAAAUGUAUUAUAAUAUACGUAAGGACGCUUAAAGAGAUAUGUAUAACUGCCUUUGUAGAGAAAUACGGGAAUCAUCUGUAUAUAUCUCUGAUGUAUGUUAAUCUACUAACACAAUUGAGAUAAAAAAACGCGAACGUACGUUAGACGUAUACUAGAUUAGAAUGACGAAUGGCUCAAAUUAAUUAAGAAUGUAAAACGUAACUAUUAUCGAAAUAAUUUGUCUGUUUCUGGCAAACUUUACCGCAAAUGAAAAUUAGAUGAUAAAAAUGAUAAUAGAGGUGAAAAAUAUUUUCGUCUGUAUUAAAAUAUAUAUACAUUAUACUUUUUUAGGUUUUUUUCGAUCUUUCCGGUUUUUGCGAGCGUCAAUUUUCCCAAAAUAGAGUACAAUAUUGUAUGCGUUUUGAAAGUAUCUUUUAUUACUCUGUUCCAUUAUUAGCUUUUUGACCAUAAUGGCCACGAUAACGUAUGUGCAAACUCUUAAAAAUAUCCUAAUUUGUAUUCAUCAAAGUUAAUGCGUGUAAAGAGUUUUCGCGCUUGGACCCGUAUAUGGUUUCGUUUUAUUUACAUAUCGCAUACAUACGAAUCAUUUUGACAGAGAAAGGAAAAUCUAGAUAGAGAGCGUGAUAUCUCGCUUUCCACUACGUAAAAGAUUUUUCAUAAGGACAAUUUGCAAAUGUAUGUAUAUUGUUGAAACAAAUGGACAAAUAAGUAAA